AAUUAACGCCCAAGAUAAAGAGGACUUCUCUGAUCCGCGCCAUUUUUGCGCCAGGGUUGGUCUUGCGCGGAUAACAGGAUACAUAUUGAGCGAGAUAUACUGUCUGCCCGGCCGGAAGAAGGACACUUUUGUCCAAAGGGUUCAUCGUAUCCUCAGCAGCCUCCGGAACUGGGAUGCCACGCUCCCAGAACAUCUGGCAUUUCGCUGGGACGAUUCGAACCGUCAUGUUGCCAGCCUCCACCUCUGCUACAACCAGUGCAUCAUCCACACCACCCGGCCAAUCCUCCUCCAUCUAUUCCGGACCCAGUUCCAUUUGAGCGGCCCCCGCAUCCAGGAGGAGCAGCAGCAGCAGCAGCCAUCGACCUUCUCGCCCACGACUACAGCACUAGCCGAUAGCUGCGUCAAUGCCGCCCGCACAUCCAACAAGAUCCUGUCCAAGCUCUUCGUCGAUGGCACACUGGCCACACUCGGAUAUUGGGAUGCACACUAUCUCUUCUCGUCCACCAUGAUCCUAAUCAUGUCGGCGGUCAUGGACCCUAACGUUGCCGUCUCCGACCCCGUGCAGACGGCGUUCAACUUGCUGCGCUCCAUGCGGGACGACGGCAACAUCCCGGCCAGCGACUACUGCGAUCGCCUUGCCUUCAUCCAGACGAGCCUCUCAGAGUUGGGGGAGGGGGCCAGAAGAAGAGAUGCUACAGAUGAGGGUCCCGCUGCCAAGAGCCCGACAGCCGCUCAUGCCGGCGGCCAGGAGGGGCAGGCAACUGGGCAUGAUUGGGGGUUUGAGAACAGCUGCCCGGGUGGAUUCGAGAGUCGGAAGUUGGAUGAUGAUUUUGACGCGCUGGCUAACCCCUACAUCGACGACUUUCUAGCAGAAAAGAGCUUUGCCUGGUCGUCUACCUCCUUCCCGGAUGGCAGCACUUUGCAGCAACUUGCCAACGAGCUCGGAGACAGCUUUAAUUUUCCGGAGCUUAACUAAUUUGAAAAACGGGUAACUGUACGAGGAGAGGUAGAAGACUAUCCACAUCGUGCUCCCUUGGUCAGAUUGUGCCAUCAUUGUUAAGUCGGCAUUGUGAAAUCGAGGCUCCUGUAGAGACAGGUCGAUGAUAGCCCC